UGACGGUUGAUGUCGGGCGGGAAGAUGUGCGGAAGUGUGGGAAGGAGGGCGCAUGCGUCUAGUGGCAAGUGGCUGACGGGAGCCUGCGGCGGGACAGUUGAGUUGAGCGUCCCGCUCUGUGUCUGGAGCAAGCUUAGCGCAAGGCCUAGCACAAGGCAAGGAACAAUAGUGUGUACUUAGGACAAGACUGGCAAUCGCGCGUUUCCAGUUUUCUUCCAGCCACUUGUACUGCAAAAUUAGACAAACUCUGCCUUCUUCUAAAAAUAAGAUCUACUGUUCUUUGUUACGAGACUGGCAGAUGUAAGUAUGAGGCGAUCAGCAGCUCCAAGUCAAUGUCAAGGAAAUUCAGCUAAAAAGCCAAGGUUUAUACCCCCAGGAAAAAAUAACACAAUAUGUCUGAAGAAAGAAAAUGAACAGCUGGUCCCAGAAAUGAAGUUGACUGAGGUAGAAGAGAAACAGCAGAGUAGCUCUGGGCACAUAAGAGCUCUUUCUAGAAUAUGUGGUCUAAAUAUAAAUUCUGCACAGGCUGUGGAAUCUCUUGGAGAAAUAAAUUGCAUGGAAAAAUGUAAUGGAGAAAAUGAGCAUAAGGCUGCUGGAAUGAAAAGAGUAAAUAUACCUAAAGCAGACCUAAUGCUCAAACCAACACCAGAAAUAGCAAGACACAAGGAAGAGGAAGAUGAAUGUGACUACCUUGCAAAGUACUUUAGUGUUGUGUGGUGUAAAGCUUCAAAGAAAAAACACAAGAAAUGGGAAGGUGAUGCUGUUCUUAUUGCAAAGGGAAAGUCUGUGAUACUGAAAGAUAUGGAAGGCAAAGACAUUGGAAGAGGUACUGGAUAUAAAUCUAAAGACCUUGAAAGUCUUGGUGAAGGUCAAACACUGAUAAUUGGAGGAAAAGAAAUUGAAGUGAUGGGUAUAAUUUCAGCAGAGGAGUUUAACAGUGGCAAGUGUUUUCAGAAUGAUGUAGGAACUUCAUCCAUAGUUCCAACUGCUUCUUCACAAUGUUCCCUGAAGCCAUUCUGUUGCCCAUUAAAAAAUCUCUGCAAUCCAAGUACUAAACAAAAUCUACUUAAAGAUUCCCAGAACUACAAACCUCGCCAUGAUCCAGAUGCUUCAAAUUCUUUAGUUAUGCCACGUCCAACUCCAGAUCACCAGCGGAUAUUCAAUAAAGCUGGUAUACCUGUGGUAGAUGUAGUUGUGGAUCCUUACCUUGUAAAUCAUCUUCGCCCACAUCAGAAAGAAGGAAUUGUAUUCCUGUAUGAGUGUGUGAUGGGAAUGAGACUAAGUGGCAGAUUUGGAGCUAUUCUUGCUGAUGAAAUGGGCUUAGGAAAAACACUGCAAUGCAUUUCGCUAGUCUGGACUCUCCUACAUCAGGGACUCUAUGGAUGCAAGCCUAUAAUAAAAAAGGCACUGAUUGUCACCCCUGGCAGUCUGGUGAAGAACUGGAAAAAAGAAUUUCAGAAAUGGCUGGGAAGUGAAAGGAUCAAAGUGUUUACAGUUGAUCAGGAUAACAAAGUAGAAGAGUUCAUCAAUUCCCCACUUUAUUCAGUUCUCAUAAUCAGUUAUGAGAUGGUGCUGCGGUCCUUAGACCAAAUUCAGGCUAUAGAAUUUAACCUCCUAAUAUGCGAUGAGGGGCAUCGUUUGAAAAACAGCUCCAUUAAGACAACUUCAGCCCUCAUCAGUCUGCCCUGUGAAAAGAGGAUUAUCCUGACUGGUACUCCAAUACAAAAUGACCUGCAAGAAUUUUAUGCAUUAAUAGAGUUUGUAAAUCCAGGAAUACUUGGCUCUUUGUCCACAUACAGAAAAAUAUAUGAGGAGCCUGUUAUUCGGUCCCGAGAGCCGUCAGCAACAAAGGAAGAAAAGGAGUUAGGAGAGAAAAGAGCAGCAGAACUUACUCGUCUAACUGGACUGUUUAUUCUUAGAAGAACACAAGAAAUCAUAAACAAAUUUCUCCCACCAAAGAAAGAGACCAUACUCUUCUGUCGACCAACAGUCUUGCAGCUUGGACUAUAUAGAAAACUCCUUAGGUCUCGAGUUGUUAGAUCCUGCCUACAAGGAGUACUAGAAAACAGUCCUCAUCUGAUAUGUAUAGGAGCUUUGAAAAAACUCUGCAACCAUCCAUGCCUUUUGUUUAAAGCCAUAAAGGAAAAAGAAAGUAAUCCAACUUGUGAUGAAUGUGAGGAAUCCAAUCUUUAUGAAGGUUUAAGAGAUAUUUUCCCAGAAGAUUAUACCUUCACCACUUUCACUGAAACUGACUCAGGAAAAUUACAGGUGCUUGCAAAACUGUUGGAAACUAUUUGUGAACUCAGUCCUUCUGAAAGAAUUGUCUUGGUAUCUCAUUACACCCAGACACUGAAUAUUUUGCAAGACUUGUGCAAACAUUAUGGAUACUCUUAUACAAGACUUGAUGGACACACUCCUAUCUCCCAGAGGCAACAGAUUGUGGAUAGUUUUAAUAAUAAAUUCUGUUCAACGUUUAUCUUUUUGCUGAGUUCAAAAGCUGGUGGUGUAGGUCUGAACCUUAUAGGAGCAUCUCAUUUAAUUCUGUAUGAUAUUGACUGGAAUCCAGCCACAGAUAUUCAGGCAAUGGCCAGGGUGUGGAGAGAUGGUCAGAAACACACUGUGCAUAUUUACAGACUGCUAACUACAGGCUCAAUAGAAGAAAAGAUCUAUCAGAGACAGAUCAGCAAGCAAGGUCUUUCUGGGGCAGUCAUAGACCUUUCCAAGACAUCCGAACACAUCCGUUUUUCCACUGAGGAACUUAGAAAUCUUUUUAUACUACAUGAAGAUUCCAACUGUGUUACCCAUGACCUCCUUGAGUGCAAUUGUAUGGGAAAGAAAGACCAUCAAUAUCCUUCUCCAGAAAAGCUCUCUGUGUAUACAGGUUGCCAGCAUGGACAAUAUCAAGAGAAGGCUGAUGCAAAGAAAUCUCUUUCUAUGUCACAGUUGAUGCAAUGGAAACACUUUUCAGGGCAACACCAGACACUUGAUCCCUUCCUUGAAAGAAUAAAGAAGCAUAUUUCUUUCAUUUUCCAGAAUGUAACCAAUCCAGCUACUCCCACCUAAUAAAAUUAACUUAUUUUCCAUGUACAUGAUGUGCUUUGUACUCACUGGUGCCAGUCUUCUGGAGGAAAAAUAAAGAAAGUACGCAAUUGCCUUUAUGUUGUUGCCAAAACUCAGUUUAUGCUUUGUGUUUUUACAAGGAGGUUUCUGUAUAAAUGCACAGUUGUUGAUGUUUUUUGUAACAUCAGCUGAAAAAUACCUUAUUAAUAAAUAGCUAUAACUGAAAGAAUUUUAAAAAUGUAAACAUCACAUAGAUAAUUUUCAGUGCUUUUCAACACAUCUGCUGGUUCAAUAUGAUAAUUAAUAGUGGUUAAGCUAUUUUAUACCAUCUCCUAGUUAGGCCCAAAGUACUAGAUCAUUUUCUUUUAACAAUAACAAUAUAUUAAAAAUAAUAGAGAGAUGGCAACUUACCAGCUGGGUGCUAUAAGAUGCAUUAGGCUAUAUAGUAUAUAUGUGAUGUUUACAAGUCUCUAACUGGAUUUGUCUCUGCAAAAAUAAUGGAUCUGAUUUAGUACUACUUUCCUCUAGCUUUACCCCAAUAUAAUUCAUGGUUUUGCUGGAGUUACACCAGCAUAAAACUAGAAUAGCAUAGGGGUCAAUCAAGCCCAGAUUCUGAGACCAGAGCUUAAUUGUACUCUACCAUCUUUUAUGAGAAACUGCAGUGCACGGUGCAUUUAGUUGGGGAAAUUAAUAUUCUAUGGUCCCCAGCUAUACUCAAUGGAAGUGUGUUAUUUCUAUCUGAAUAUAUAUGGUGAAUAUAUUCUUCUGAAUCUUAAAAACACCCAUACAUGCAUAAUAUUAGUAUGGUGGUUUCUUCCUUUAUGUGAUCAGGCAUAAGAAUCUGAAAUAGCAAUUGCUUUAAAAGGACCUUGUGUGAUAUCUCAGCUGUGCAGUUCCUCUCUACAGGUAGAAUAUAAAUCGUAUGAACAAAAAUGUACCAUUAUUUCCAGGAAUACAAGGAAUGUAUAGAAAAUGAAAUCCCUUUUAAUAAAGUUGUAAUUUGGAA